GUUAAACAUAGUCUCGCCCACGCUGCCCGCACGCCGCAUGCCGGCUCCUCGCUCAUCGGCUGGACAGUCCCAUCUCCCUUCUCGACGCCUGUACACGCACCAGGGUCGAAAUGAGUCGCCUAGGAAGAACGCGCCGCACUCGCGUGUACGACUGCAACUAUAACAAGGGCGAGAGUUAUUAUCGUCCUGUACUCGACCGGCUGGAUGGGAAAGGGCCCAUCACACGCACCCCCGAGGCUGACCGUGACCGUAUCCGGGCCGACGUCGAGAACAGGAUCAGAAACGCUUUGGACGAGACCGAGACUCAACAUGACGAGCUCUUUGAUUCGAGGGGAGGCCGCGCCCAAAGGGGUAGGCCUUUGUCAUCUGCCUUCGAAGAAGACGAACUGUCCGAAGAUAUUACAGAAUCAUUAAAACGCUUGCGUGCUGGCAAGAAGACAUCCCGGUUCGCCGAAGACAUAGACUUUGAGAAUGCUGUGGCUAAUAUCGAGAACCGUGUGAAAAUCUCUGAUAAAAUAUUGGAGAGUGUUGGAAUUGGACAAUCUGAAAUCAGCGGAGCAAGACGGGCACUGCAGGAAAAUGAAGAACGCACAGAAAAACGCAUCGCUCGGAGACUCAAUGAAGAGAAUUCACUAACAAAGUGGACGGCGUUAAAAAGCGACGAUGAGAGCGCAGCUGCAUUGAGAGCUAAAGCAUCGAGAGCUCGCCUUUCGGAUUUAGAAGAUGAAAUGACAGAACUUAAUGAACGAAGUGCGGCAAGGGAGAAACGCGCAGCCCGCCUGCGUGCUCUAGUCGCUGACAGCGAUACGAUUGACUCCAACACAACUGCUGUCUCAGCUUCAAAGAUUACCAUCCGUGCUGAACGGGAAAAGAAACAAGUAACCUUCUAAAUACUGCAAACGCUAUCUUACUACCCGAGAAAACUCAUUACUCUAAAACAGAUGUUUUAGAGGAUCGCAGUUGUGCUCUUUGUGGAGAUAGAUAAGUUUGCUGAGAUGUGUUCUCCUGCAUUUGUCAUGUAUAAUGACCGACUUGAUGUUUAUUUUAUACUUUUUGGAUAGAAUAAAGCGUUACGUAUCCUCCUGUUCUCA